GUCGGUGAGAUGCCGGUAACGGAGCGGAGAGGAUGCGGCGCGUGCUCGAGCUGCUGGCGCGUGCUGCUGCUCGCUGCGUCCGCGCUCGUGCUGCUGGCGGAGAGAGCGGCGCGUGAGUGACCUUACACCGCAUCACAGUGGUCUGCGGUGUGGGCUUCUACCUGUGGCAGGAGGAGCUGUGUUUGGCCGGACUGACCUUUGCCCUCUUGUUGCCGGGGUCACUGGUGCAGGUGUUGAGUUUCAGGUGGUACAGGGCCGACGGAGACAAACGGACAUGCUACAAUUUCAUCAUACACACACUUCACCUGGGCAUCUUCAAAAGGUUUUGGGAUUGCAGUGUGUGUGAAUGGACGGCUCAGGGCUCGUCGCAGUCGCAUGCGCAGGAGGUGAUGCAGCAUGCAGACGUGUCUGCUCUGCGUCUGCUGGAGGUUUUGCUGAUGACUCUACCACAGACGCUCCUGCAGACGUACGCUCUCACAGUUACUGACUAUGGCCUCUCAUCUCCAGUUGCUCUAUGUGGUGCCAUGUGUUUGCUCUCACUGUCCUGGGCGCUGGUGCUCUACAGCCGAGCCUGUUGUUUGAUCCGUCCUGGGCAUUUGCAGAUGCCGCCGGCGGCUCUCCUCUGUCAGCUGCUGUGGAGGAUGGGCAUGUUAGCCGCCCGCUUCACCAGCCUCGCCCUGUUCACCCGCACCUUCGGCUGCUGGAUCAUCGGGGUCCUGGCGUCUCAUUGGUUGAUGGCUGCGCUGUGGUUGGUCUCGCAGCAGACUGACAUAUAUGUGGGUCAGUGGUCAUGGCGCGUGUUUAACUUCAUUCUGGGAGGUGUGCAUGUGUUUCUGUUUCUCAACGUGAAGGAUGGCCCGUCCCGCUUCCGGAUGGUGGGAUUCUACACGGUGAUGCUGCUGGAAAAUGCUACACUGCUAUUGGCUGCAUCUGACAUCCUGACUGAUGCAUCAUGGGAUAGCCUGACCGUCCCCACUGCUGUGCUGUGCAGCUUUCUGCUCGGUUUGACGUCCCUGAUGUUGUACUAUCGUUUCCUGCAUCCCAAGUCCACUGAAAUCUCUCUGGGUUUGCGUCAGCGUGCACACAUGGGUCGAGAGUGUCUUCAGCAGGGUGAUUCCUCCUUCUCUCUGGGGGACAAAAGUCUUCCUCCGGCCCCACUUCCAGUCCUCUUCCCGUCUUCUCAUCCUUCCUUCUCCCUCUCUGGGAUCCCCGGCUCUCUUCUGGAGCAUCCCGGGAGCUGCGGCAUCAAGCCGGACGGAGAGUGUCGCCACCAUCACUGGCUGCUCAUCCGGCUCGCUCUGAAAACCGGUGACCCGGUUAAGAUCAACGGGGCGUAUGGGGCAGGUGGUGUGUCCGGGAUACUGAUGGUGGAUCAAAAGGGAGAGAUCAUGGAGGACAGGUGCGUGUCCACUUCAGAAAGCCAGGAUGAGACGAUGGCGCCGCUGUCCGACUGCAGAGAGGAGUUUGAGAGCGUGAGUGAAGCCGGAGAAGAAGACGAAGCACAUGAUAGUCUUGAAAUGGAGAGCCCGUUAGAGUCGCCUGAGUCCGAGUGCAAGCGGAGCUCGCCGGAGGGAAAGUCUGUUUUUGGGGACAGUCCUAAGCCCAAUUAUUGCCCCACUGAAUCCAGCUCUACUUUAUACUUCAGCGCUGACCCACAGUCGCCCAGCAGCUCCAGUAACCCUCGUCUGGACCGCGAGACGCCAUUCGGUCUCGGCUCUGGAACCCGACUGAAAACUCUAGACGAGUUGAGCCCCAUUUCCACAGACAGCGGGCUGCACAGGGAUCACGCCCGGGGGCUUCUGGGCCGAGCAGGACCCUGCUACACCUCCGCGCCUGGACUGAGCGGGCAAGGGUUUCCGGAGGGUUCUGGGAUGCACCUCAGAGGCCCCCGCAGGCAGGUGGUUCUGUCCCGCAGGGGUCCAGAAGAGGACGGUGGCUUUUAACAGCAUAUGAACUGCAGCUAUAAGUGGCAUUCACACCGGUUUCCAGUAUGAAAGUUGUUGCAAUGGGGGCAGUGUAAACCUCAUGGAAAUUAGCUUCAAUGGCAAAUACCAAUGAGAGUGAAGAUGACCCGAAUGAAGCAAGACGGAGAAGCAGUUAACGUUGUUGUGAGCGUUUCACUGUUUUGUGAAAUUUGUCUUUGCCCACAUUCAGGGAUGUAAUUUAAAAAAUGAUUUGUGGAAAACUUUAUCAGAAAUUGUCAGCAAUGAAUUUCAUUCAUGCAAAAAUACUCAUUCAUCUUGUUCAAGUUGUGAUGCAAUUUCAAUACUGCGUCCCUUCCAGAAUGUGAAUUUGUAGUGGCAGGAAAACACACACAUAUAUAUAUAUAUACA